AUGAAGCUUCUAUUCCCAAAGGAGCUUAUUGAUGAGAAUCUAGAAGGAUUCAAGGAGAAAGUGACAAGAACUCUAAAGCUUUUUCCUAAGGCAUUUGUGCCAAGGGACAUUCAUGGAGAGAUUGUCUAUCCAGCUGCGAGCAGAACGAAGCUUCGGAAGUUUGGCCGCGCGAAGAGGAGUUCCCGACGUCCAAAAGUCACUAUCUUAAUAUGGAAAGAUAGAUACUUGAGUCAUGCAUCACGUCGAAGUGGAAUGAAGCCAUUUGGAUCAACCAUAAGGCCGGAACUUAUUUUCUACCGAGACAUGUCCGGUAAACGAGCAAACGAAGCCCAUGGAGGAUUUGGAGUGUCUAAUGGCCCGAGCAGCAGCGCCAAAGGCCUUGAUUGA